UGCCUCUCCUCACUCACUCUGUGUGGGAGGGCGCUCCGAGAGGAUGAGCCUGCUAGCAGCGCUGGGUCAGGCUAGCCGUGCGGAGCUAGCGUGCUACCAAACAGUGCAGUUUGUUUUCGGGACGGCACGAUGAAGAACAACAUGAAGUAUUACGGACUCAUUCCGCAGCAGCGUAUUGACAACAUCACCGGGAGCUAGGGCCGUCUUUUCUCCACUAAAGCGAGGCAGUCCCGACCCCUCGGUGCCAUUGUUUGGAUGGACUAACGCUACAGCUAGCACCGCAGCUUGAGACUUCCCGAGCGGGCACGGAUGGGAUUUCUUCAGCUAGCCGCGGCUAAUGGUUGUGCUGGCUGACUAGCUUCGCGGCUAACCGGUUGGCGUUAGCUAUCUGACCCAGUUGGUUCGCAUCAUCUGGUAAUUACCAGGCUCUGAAUAGAGCAGAUUUGCUAGCACAACCAUGCCUCCCAGACCCUCCUCAGGAGAACUAUGGGGGAUGCACUUGAUGCCCCCCAGCAUCCUAGUGGACUGCCUUCUGCCAAAUGGCAUGAUUCUCACAUUGGAGUGCCUCCGAGAGGCCACACUUAUCACAGUCAAGCAUGAGCUGUUCAAAGAAGCCAGGAAGUACCCUCUCUACCAUCUGCUGCAAGAGGAGAGCUCCUACAUCUUUGUCAGUGUCACCCAAGAGGCAGAGCGGGAGGAGUUUUACGAUGAGACCAGGAGGUUGUGCGAUCUCAGGCUUUUCCAGGCCUACCUCAAAGUUAUUGAGCCAGUAGGCAACAGGGAAGAGAAAAUUCUCAACAGAGAGAUAGGUUUCGCUAUUGGAAUGCCGAUAUGCGAGUUUGAAUUGGUAAAAGACUCAGAAGUGCAGGACUUUAGAAGGAACAUUUUAAACGUUUGUAAAGAAGCUGUGGACCUCAGAGACAGUAAUGGACCCCACAGCAGAGCUUUGUACGUCUAUCCUCCCAAUGUAGAGUCCUCGGCAGAACUUCCCAGGCACAUCUAUAACAAGCUAGACAAAGGUCAAAUCAUUGUGGUGAUUUGGGUCAUCGUUUCACCCAGCAAUGACAAACAGAAGUACACCCUGAAGAUCAACCACGACUAUGUGCCAGAACAGGUGAUUGCUGAAGCCAUCCGUAAGAAGACGCGGAGCAUGCUGCUCUCCCAAGAGCAGCUGAAGAUGUGUGUGCAAGAGUAUCAGGGAAAGUACAUCCUCAAAGUAUGCGGCUGUGAUGAGUACUUACUGGAGAAAUACCCUCUGAGUCAGUACAAGUACGUGCGCAGCUGUAUUAUGCUGGGAAGGAUGCCCAACUUGAUGCUAAUGGCAAAAGACAGCCUGUACUCACAACUGCCCAUGGACAACUUCACCAUGCCGUCAUAUGCGAGGCGAAUAUCCACAGCAACGCCCUACAUGAACGGCGAGACAGCCACCAAGUCUCUAUGGACUAUCAACGGAACGCUGAGGAUCAAGAUACUGUGCGCCACUUAUGUCAAUGUCAACAUCAGAGACAUUGACAAGAUCUACGUCAGGACUGGGAUAUACCACGGUGGAGAGCAGUUAUGUGACAAUGUCAACACCCAGCGCGUGCCCUGCUCAAACCCCAGGUGGAACGAAUGGCUGAACUAUGACAUGUACAUUCCAGAAAUUCCCCGAGCUGCCCGGCUCUGCCUCUCCAUCUGCUCUGUGAAAGGAAGAAAGGGAGCCAAAGAGGAGCAUUGUCCUCUCGCCUGGGGCAACAUCAACCUGUUUGAUUACACCCACACUCUGGUAGCAGGAAAAAUGGCUCUGAACCUGUGGCCUGUUCCACAUGGACUGGAAGACCUGCUCAACCCCAUCGGCGUCACAGGCUCCAAUCCCAACAAGGAAACCCCUUGUCUGGAGCUGGAGUUUGACCAUUUCAGCUGCCCUGUCAAGUUCCCUGACAUGACCACAAUUGAGGACCAUGCAAACUGGAUUAUAUCCAGAGAGCUUGGCUUUAAUUACUGCCACACCGGUUUGAGUAACAGACUGGCCCGUGACAACCCUCUGACUGACAGCGACAACGAGCAGCUACGGCAAGUCGGUAACAGAGACCCACUGUCUGAAAUUACUGAGCAGGAGAAAGACUUUCUAUGGAGGCACAGACACGACUGCAUCAACAUGCCAGAGAUCCUUCCCAAGAUCCUCCUGGCUGUGAAAUGGAACUCCAGAGAUGAGGUUUCACAGAUGUAUUGCCUUCUGAAGGACUGGCCUGCUAUCAAACCAGAACAAGCCAUGGAGUUGCUGGAUUGCAACUUCCCAGAUCCCAUGAUCAGAGACUUUGCUGUGAAGUGCCUUGAGAAAUACCUAACUGAUGACAAACUCUCUCAGUACCUUAUUCAGCUGGUUCAGGUUUUAAAAUAUGAGCAGUACCUUGAUAACCCACUUGCACGCUUCCUGCUGAAAAAGGCGUUGACCAAUCAGAGGAUAGGACAUUUCUUCUUCUGGCAUUUAAAGUCAGAGAUGCACAACAAGACAGUGAGCCAGCGGUUUGGCCUGCUGCUGGAGUCGUACUGCCGGGCCUGCGGCAUGUAUCUGAAGCACCUGAGCAGACAGGUGGAGGCCAUGGAGAAGCUCAUCAAUCUCACCGACCUCCUCAAACAAGAGAAGAAAGAUGAAGCACAGAAGGUUCAGAUGAAGUUUCUGGUAGAGCAGAUGAGAAGGCCCGACUACAUGGACGCACUGCAAAGCUUCACCUCCCCGCUGAAUCCAGCACACCAGCUGGGAAACCUCCGCUUGGAGGAAUGCAGGAUGAUGUCGUCAGCAAAGCGGCCUCUGUGGCUUAACUGGGAAAACCCAGAUAUGAUGUCAGAGCUGCUCUUUCAGAACAACGAAAUCAUCUUCAAAAAUGGAGAUGAUCUGAGGCAGGACAUGCUGACGCUGCAGAUCAUUAGGAUAAUGGAGAACAUCUGGCAGAACCAGGGCCUUGAUCUCAGGAUGCUUCCGUAUGGCUGUCUGUCAAUCGGCGACUGUGUGGGCUUGAUUGAGGUGGUGAGGAACUCUCAUACCAUCAUGCAGAUCCAGUGUAAAGGAGGCCUGAAGGGGGCGCUGCAGUUCAACAGCCACACACUGCAUCAGUGGCUUAAAGAUAAGAACAAGGGAGAGAUGUAUGACCAGGCCAUAGAUCUGUUCACACGCUCAUGUGCAGGCUACUGUGUAGCCACCUUUAUCCUGGGUAUAGGAGACCGACACAACAGCAACAUUAUGGUCAAAGAUGACGGACAGCUGUUCCACAUAGACUUUGGACAUUUUCUUGACCACAAAAAGAAGAAGUUUGGAUACAAAAGAGAGCGCGUUCCCUUUGUGCUUACACAGGAUUUCCUGAUCGUUAUUAGCAAAGGAACACAAGAGUGCACCAAAACGAGAGAGUUCGAAAGGUUCCAGGAGAUGUGUUACAAGGCGUACUUGGCAAUCCGGCAACACGCCAACCUCUUCAUCAACCUCUUCUCCAUGAUGCUGGGCUCGGGAAUGCCUGAGCUGCAGUCUUUCGACGACAUCGCUUACAUCAGGAAGACCCUGGCCCUGGACAAGUCGGAGCAGGAGGCCCUCGACUACUUCAUGAAGCAGAUGAACGACGCUCACCACGGCGGCUGGACUACCAAGAUGGACUGGAUCUUCCACACUAUUCGCCAGCACGCCAUGAACUAAGGAAAGAGAGGAGCAAAGAGCUGUGGCAACGACGGCACGCUACAAGACACAAGAGUUGUGAGAAACAAGCAAGUUCUUUUCCCCAAACACACUACGGCCUGGUUAAUAUUUCUGCCAGCGUGUGACUGAAUCAUUAUCUGCCAGCACACCACAAAGUGAGGAUGCUCAGAAGAGCCUUUUUCAGGGACAUAAAUUUCUAACCACUCCUGUAUCUACAGGCGUCUGAAAUUUGUCUCCCUGCAUUAUGAACUUCAGAAGACAGGGUGGAGUUAUAUUUCAUCUGUCUUCUUCAUAGGAACUCAAGUAUAUUGGACCUCAACAACAUUGGCCUUCAUGUGAACCAACAAUUGACAAAUGUUAUUUUUCUGAUUCUUUUUAUUCCUUUCAGUACAUCUACAACCAUCAGCAUUUAGAGAGGAACGUCAUGAAGUGGUGUACCGUGAGCACAGGCGGCUUUUUCUAAACUGACAGAGUGCAACUGAAUUAUUUCUACUACUUGUUUUGAACCGAUGAAGGUGGGGAUGGGGGAGGGGGUGGCUGGUUAUCGGUGCACACAGCCAGGCUGGUGGUCACCAACGAGCAGGCGAGCGCUUACAGGGUCAUUAUUUUCCCCUCACAAUUACAUAAACGGGCGAGAACACUGUAAUUACGGGGCUGACAGGAUGUGUUGUUGAAAAUCCUUAAUGAGCAUUUAACAGUUUAUGGAGCAAACUGAAAUAAUGGCCUAUUUGUAGCCUACCAAUGAUGACGUGUCCUCAGUUUAGGAAUCGUGGCUCGUCACAGAACUGACUUUUGUACAGCAGUAUAUCCAUAUACUUGUAUGCAUUCGGUGCACAUAUUCCUUUUUGAGUCUAUUUUCUACUGAGCCAAAGUCCUAGAUGUAUAACCCCACUACUCAGCAGUCUUAUUGUAAAAAAACUAAACAAAAUAGUCACUAUAUUCCAAGUCUUGUGUGUACUCCUCAUAGCACUGAUCUCCACAGUAUUUGUUUUGUUUCGUCUAUCAGUAUUAUUCUGUGUCAGAUGUUGAGGCACAAACCUUCUUCAUCCACCCGAUGCAGAUGGACCGGAAAAAGAGCUUUGAUGGCCAGCUGUAUAACAUGUUGUGAAGCGGUUUUUUUUGUUUGUUUUUUUUAUUGUUGUUUUUGUUAUUCGGCAGACACAGGCAAGAGGGGAAAAAGGAUGCGUAUUUGUGUUUGUUUUGUGUGCUGUGCUGUUACACUAUGCAAGUUGUGAUCCUAACAUGUACUGUAUACUGCAACAAAAAAACCUAAAAAGUUGAUGUCAGAGUAAGGCAGAGAGUGAACCGCGUCUCCCACCGACACACAGACAAGUGUGUCGGUGAACUUUGUACAGACAGUACAUGGAAGAAAAGAAAAACAAACAAAGAAAAAAUGCACAAUGCUGCCGUGUAACAGUAUCGUCUACUUCUUCCCAGCGAAACAGAACUGUGAGAAACACCUUUCGGACCCCGCCUUCUCCUUACCGGGCUUCUAACUAACUUUGGAGCUUCAAUCUAAGCCAUCUGUAAUGCAUCUCAGAUGUUUUGUGUGUCUCCUCCUUCUCAAUCACAGACUCUCUCUUCUCAAAAAUUUGCCAGAUUGUGACAUCCAGGUAGAGAAAAGUAACCGAAGUGAUAUUUUUGAAACCUUCCAAGUGUCUUCUUCCCUCCUCUUUCCUGUGAUUACCGCCCUUGCGUGUGGAGGAGUAGUCGUCGCAGGUUUGAUCACUGCACAGACUGGCGCGCAAGAGGCCCUUAAGUGUUCUAGCUUUACUAAAUGAUACAUCACGGGGCGGUUUCCUGGACACUUGAGUCUGUCUGAGAGUCCAGUUUGCGUUUUCUGUACAUGGGUGAGGACUUAAAACUGCUCAGGAAACCGAUCCUGCUUAAAUGCAUGUGCUUUCUGUGCAGGAUACAGAGCAGUGGGCCGGACCCGAACUGAGAAAACUAAACCCAGUGUACUUUAUAGAAGAACUAUCUAAAUGAUGCUAUUUCCUUUGUACUUGUUCUGAUUGUUUUUGUUUCUCACACUGCAUUAUGCAUGAGGUCCUCAAAUAUCUACUUUUUUUUGUUUGUUUUUUUUGUUUGACCUGAUGUUGUUUACUUGAAUUUCAUGUAUAGAAAUGACCUUGUUACUUGUUUGAGGUACAACAAAGUCACAAUGAAGGUAACAGAUACUGCUACUGCUACUACAUGUGCAAAUGCUUUCCUUGAAUAACUACAGAGGUAAUAUAUUUUUGUAUUUUUAAAUGUAAACAAACUCAUAUAUGUACCUGCUAACCAAAAAGAAAAAGGAGGAAUCACGCGUAACAUGCACCAUCCUCAUACAAAGUCCAACAGCCAGCCUCUAGUUGUUGAAAGGAUAUGAAUGACAAAGCAGAGCUGAAUGAAGGACAAAGACGUGAUGCUGUUGUCAGAGUACCAUCUUCACUUCAAGUGGAGACUUCUUGUCCUAUGUGGAAAUCUGUAAGCACAAUAAGGAAGUAGAAACUAUGUCUGCAUGUUUAUAAAAAAGAAACAAACUCAUGUUAGUUAUCUAUUCAUCUGUAUAUAUAUCAUUAAAAAAACCUUCAAAUACUUGUUUUAAUCAUCCUCAUAUGACCAUGUCUGAUACAAAACUGUAUGCAUUCAUUUAUUGUGCUGUUGAAUAAAAUCAUUUCUCCUUAUCUCA